AAGAAUAGUAUGGCAACGCCUUAAAUUUGUUUAUAGUUAGGGUUCUACCGCGCAUUGUCGAAAUUGUUCAAAUUUGUUUUGUUGCAGCAUAUUAAUGGAUCAAAAUGUCAAGAAUGUCGAUCUUAAACUUGACAAUAUUGAGGUUUUGACCACCGGCACAGCAGCGGAGUUUGUGAACGGUAUUCUAGACUUCCUACUUUUCCAACGCCGCCAAAUUCCCUUCGUUUACAAAACAUAUAAAUAUUAUGUUGAUAAGUGGUCAGACGCUGAGGAUUCGAGGGAAUCGGCGGAUCAGAAUUCGUUUGCCCACUAUCAGCUUAACGUGCAGCGCUCCAAGGCAAAGGCAACCAAGCAAUCCAUUAGUGACAUGAGAGAGCUCAUACGACAAGCCUUCAGAACCUCUGCAGUAAAGAGCCUGCGUUUUCUGUUUGGAAACAAUACAUUUAUGCCAUCGGAAGCAUAUACCCUGCACAUACCCCAUGGUUCCAUAUCUAGGAAUCACUAUUACGAGCAUCAUGCCCUGCCUGAAGGUCGUAUAAACCAGGCUCUGCUUCGCCUUCUCACCUGCGAGGAGCUGUACACCCUUUUCUCUACAGAACUGAAUGCAACCAAUGUGUUCCUGGAAAUGGAGCUCCUUGCAGACUCGAAGAAAACUGAGGUAUCCGAUGGAGAAUCUGUUAAUCUGACUCCAAAGGUCGUGUUGAGUCAACUACCACGUAGUUGCAAAAAUAUACACCUGCACCUACUGCAUUGCAGCGAGAACCCAAUGACUGAGUUGCGCUGCUGCAAGGAGAUGUCAAUUUACCAAGAUCUUGGUCUUCUGAAUCUGAAUAAAUCCGAAGAUGACGGUAGCAGGACUAACGACACUUUGGAGAUAGCUAUUGAAAGCAGCGGUUGGUGGCAGGCCGAAGUUAUCGUGCGUGGUUUCAGGGUUCCUCCCAACCAAAAGUCUAGUGAUUUGUGGUCAAGCUAACAUUUGCAAAUUUUUUAUUUUAGGUCUAUCUGGAAUGUUAUCGAAAGUGUGAAAAAUAAAUUGUCAAAUCAUGAACUUUA